AUGGCAGCAGUAAGCAGAAAUAUUUGCGGGUCGAUUUUUGUUAUAGCGCUCUUAGUUUCAAUUCUAACAUCAACAGCAAUUGCACUUUCAGGCCGGAAUGUCCCAGGGUGUGAAGAUGAGACUAAAGCUUUGGUAGACCUUUGUGCAAAGUAUGUACUGAAGAGAGGACGUCAUGAUAUUCGACCAGCGAAGAAUUGUUGUGCUUUGGUCAGGGAAGUUGAUAUAAAUUGUAUUUGUACUUAUGCCACUAAAGAAGUCGCAAAACUCAUUAGCAUGCAUAAGGUUUUCUUUGUUGCUGCUACUUGUGGCAGAAAACUUCCUCAUAUGAAAAAAUGUGGAAGUAUUAGAAUCGGUUCGGGGUAA